UCGACCGUUCGACGUAGCGGAGAAUUGCGUCCCACGAACUAGUCCGCUCUUUUAUCUUAAUCGACACUGUUUUAAGCUUCGGAGAAAAUUGAUGAAUUUUUUAUGUAGAGUCGUGACACGAGUAGUGUUUGUGAUAUAGAUUUUUUUUCAAAUCCCUAUCGUCUUGAACCGACACGUAGGCGGCCGUUUAUCUGGCGGUAUUUGCUCAACGAUCAGAAACGGAAAUCUAUUUUACCUCGUUGACGCAUACGCAAAUGUGUAUGACGAAGAUGGUCUGCCAAAUAUGAUUUGUCACCCUUGCAAAUAUCAACUGGAGAAGUCGUACCAGUUCAAAAAGAAAUGUGAAGCAGCAGAUUUCAAGCUUAGGAAGCAUAUCAAGCUAAUUCAACAUCUGACUGGCCAAGAGGAGAAUAGUUCACAGGAAGGUGAUCAUGAACACCCGUCAGGUAGUGGAAAGUCAAAACAGGUCAAGCAAUUACUAGCUGAUUUGGUAUCGACAAAAGGAAACAGCAGUCACGCCGAAGGUGAUCCAAUAGAAGUUACCGAGGAAGAACUAGUUGGGGGAUAUAUAUUGGGCAUGCAUGCAGAGAACCCAGAGAUGGAGGAUCCGCUCUUCGAUGAUCCUGAAAACAUAACGUUAAUUCCGGCAGAAGAACGUGCUGCUAAAGCUAGGUGUACGAUACGCACCACGCGCAUUAAACAAGAGCAAGAUUCAGACGAAGAAGCGGAUGAAGUACAGCGUGCAAUAGCCAAUGUUGAUCAUAAGAACGUGUACCUGAUGGAAUUAACUGGUAACAGUGGAGUUAAAGGAGAAUCUCUGAAACUGCAACCCAUGGAUGAAUCUGAAGAGCUAAAGGUCUUUCAGUGUGACAAAUGUCCAAAAGCAUUUACUCGUAGAAUAAUGCUGAAGAGACACGAAUCUGUGCAUGUUCAACAGAGAGGUUUCACUUGCCAGGCUUGUGAAAAAUGGUUUCCAACGAGAUCUGCAUUGGUUAGACAUGAGCGUACUCAUACUGGUGAGAAACCGUUUGGAUGCAACAUAUGUCACCGUGCUUUUGCUCAAAAAGAAAUUCUACUGCGUCAUUUGAUGACUCACUCUGGUCAGAAACCAUUCCAAUGCCAACACUGUGAAAAAAGUUUUACGCAACGUGAAGCUCUGAAAGUUCACAUGCGGCGUCAUCAGAAGUUGAACCCCAAUGACAUUCAGCUGCAUCACUGCCAGCUGUGUCCAAAAGCAUUUUGCCAUGCGUCGGGACUUAGCAGACAUUUGGUUACACAUACUGGUAAAACAUACAAAUGCAUUGAAUGUCAAAAGUCGUUUACUGACAAGAGCUCGUUGCUUAGGCACAGUCGCAUUCAUUCACCGAAAAAAAUUAUGAAUUGAUAAGUCAUCACACGGGUGUAGAAUUCCAGUCGAAGAAAUGACAUAUGAUUCGAAGCUGCUACGUCAUCGCAACACUGAAACAAUAGAAUCUGAGGUGAAACUAUUCAGCAUACAAUGUGCAAUUGAACAAGAAUGUCCUGAAACAGUCAGAUCAACAGAAUGAAAGUAGCGUUUUAUAUACAUAAUACUUUCUAUUUAUAAGUAUUAGCCCUAUUAUUGCUUUUAUUUGAUUGAAUCUUUUGAUUACCGUUAAAGACUAUUUGAUAAUUGACGGUCAAUAGAUCGAUCUUCCUUCACUUUUUCUUAAAAGAAUGGCGAGGAAGCCUGUUUAACAGAAAAUUGAAUUAUUCUUUCUCUGCUAAACACUGAUUUUCUACGUUUGCUAUAGUAGAAGAAAUAUUUUCAUAAAAUGAGCUCAUUCUUGAAGUAUUCUAUCAGGUAUCACCGACCCUUCAAGGUUACGGAGUACGAUAGAGUGAACUUGAAAUAUUCACUGGAUUUGGAGAAAUGUGUACUAUGUAUGUUUAUAACGAAACGGUGAUACCUUAGAUGCGUGUGUAGUAUUGUGACAAAGCAGAGAGAACGUGGGAGAAUUUGACUUCGAAAGUUGGAAAUUGGGGCGCGUUACUGACAUUUUUCCAGGUAGUGGUUAAGCAACUUGGUGGCAUCACAGAGUGCUGUAACACAGAAGACAGAUAUGCUACUUACACUUGUGAAGAAACGUGGAUUUUGAUUUGGUUCCGAUAAGUUCGUGAUAUAAACUCAAUUUGAAGCGCUCAUAUUAUCUGAGAGGUUACAAAAUGAUGACUAUAUGACCAGUUUCUAUAUUUUUUUAAAGCGGGGAUAUUGGAAGAGUAUUAGAAACAAAUCCUCUCAAAAGUCAUCUCACUUAGUAAUUAAGUGAGAAUUUUUUAAAGUCAAGUUCAGCACCAUAAACUUUGCAUGACUUGUAUUCCCAACAGUACCAUAGUUUCUUUCACGCUGCAAGUAAUAUGAUUAUGAGAUUGAUUUUUAAUUGUCCCUAGAUAUUAGUUGAGUUCACAUAAUUUGAUUAUCCUCUUUCUAAAUGUAAGUACAUUGGUAUAUUUUAUAUCCAUACAGUAUAUAUAUAUAUAUAUAUAUAUACGAUAGUUGUAUAUACUAAUGAUUAUAAUCAUGUCUAGAGACUUGUAGAGCAAAGUUAUCCGUGUCUAGCAGUAAAGUACCCAGUAAACAAAUGAGUUUGAAAAUGUGGAAAACAAGAGAAAAUUUGAAUUUUGCUGAAACUAUUUUUUCGUUUCCAAAAUUACAAUUAGAAACAAUAGUUUGGAUAAUCAGUUGAAUCUGUUUCUAUACCAUCAGUGGCUAAAGAUUACAAUGAAUUGAUAGAUAUUGAGAGUUUUUAGAAUCACGUAAUUAUAAUUAGAAAGUCAUUCGAAGUGUUUCUAGAAUUAUAUUUCAAUUAACAGUGCAAAUAUUCGAAGUCUUUCGCCACUGAUUGAAGUAGAUUUGAAAAAAAGAAACCAAUAGAAAACGAUAAAAGCGCUUAUGUCAUUCGUGGAUUUACAUAAAUUCAAAUCCUAGCAGUAUGUGAACAGCAACGAAUAAACAGAAAUCGAGUUACUCAAAACGUGUUAAACUUUAUUCGAGGUCAAUUUCAAUUUGCACAACAAAAUCGGAUGUAAACUGAUAAAAUGGAAAUUUCGUAUUACAGAUUUGAUCAAGUUGAAAUUGUGUAAUAAUUCAAGUAAUGAUAAUAUUUGAAGAAACUCAAUUCGUAGAGCCACAUUCAAAGCAAUACAACGAUUAUACAAGCUAGUCAAAUAAGCGAUGUUAUGAAUCUAAAACCGCAACAAUUUGGGAGGUUGUGAAAAAAUGUAGAUAACAUUUCGAGACGACAUAUAUAUAAAUGGUAUGUUGUUUGUUGGGAUUUUAGCUUGGCACGAUUUUCAAUAAAAAAUAUAAUGACAUUAAAACCGUUUAAAAAACGUCAUUUUUUCGUACUAUUGGUACUUUUAUCGCACUGCUGGCCUGAUUUCCUGCCGAAUUUUUUUACAAAUUAUGAUUUUGCGAAAACUUGGUGUAACUUUUGAUAUAAUGAUCUGAACCUAAAUAUAUUGUAAUUGCUUCAUCUUUCAGUGCUCUAUAAAUUUUAUCCUUUAAUAUUUAUCUGUACAUGGUACAAGCGUACCGCCGUUAUUUGCAGUUAAGAAAAUGAAAAUGCCUUCCUCGCGGUUUCCAACAAAACGAAUAAUUUUUUUUUUUCAUUUUAUUCAGUCGGUUAUGACUCAAUAAUAUCUCCAUAUUUUUUCAUCCAAACAGUUACCAACAAGUUGUUAAAAACAAUUCUAGUGAAGAACAAUUUUGAAAUUAUUAUUUUACGUGAUUUUUUUGUUAUACUUAUCCCUUUACAAGGUUAGCUCGUACCGCGGAAUGUCAAGGGAACAAAUUUAUAGAGUAUUGCACGAUGAAGCGAUGCAAUUAGUUUCAUUCCGUUAUUAUUAUCAGAUAAAAUAGUUACAUCCGAUUCACGAAGAGACUAAAUUUCUUUAAAAAAAUCAACAACAAAUGGCCGAUAUGAAUCUCGCAAAAAUAGUACGUUACGAAAAAAUUACAUUUUUUCUUCGAUUAGAUUCUUAUUGUACAUGUCGCCCCGAAUAUUAUUUCAGAAACUCUAAAAUUAUUGUGAUUUACAAUGCUUAUUUGACUGACCUACAAUUUGAAUUGGUUUUUGCAUCAGGCAAUACGUUAUUUAAUUGAACUUCGCAUUGGCCGACAUCAAAGUGAAUCUGUUUUAAUAUGUUUCAAUAUUUUUUCGGUUACUGGGUACGUACAUACAUACGAGAACACGAAAAAUGCCAAUUUAUAUUAAUAUAGAUCCACGAGUAUGAGAAAUAAUGAACUAGAUCACGUGACUACGACUUCAUAUAGAAAAUUUUUUAUCCAAAGGUAGUGAACACCUUGACUCUUGAAUAUACCAACGGCCUUGAUGAAACCAUUUCAUCUCAGCAUUUCCGCCAGAAACAGCGUAUUUUUCGAUACCGUUGAUACAUUUACAUUCAUUACUAUUUACUGCCUUAAAUUUCCAAAUUAUCAAUUGAAACUGAGAUAAUUACUGUAUGGUCACCAAGAUAAGAAAUAAUAGGUAUAGUAUAUAAUUUUAAAACUUGGAUAUUGUUUUCACAAAGUAAUAUAGACACAAUAAAGUGAUAGUCUGAUUAAAUUUGUUUUUUGAAAUUUGGGCAGAGGGAUCUAUAUACAAGGACGACAACAGUUUAAAUUCUCCUAUAUCUUAGAAUGGUUUUAUGUUGUAAAAAGGGAGAAAUUAAAAUUAUUUAAUGAUAAAAAAAUUUGAGGUACUGAGUUUAAAAGAUCAAUGAAAAAAACCACUUUAAAAUGAUCAAAAACUAUGCGAAUACGAGUACAUCGGGAUCUUCCGAUUAAUAGCACGAUCAAAAAAAAAAACCUUGUCCAUAGUGCGGUUACGGUAUGGUACUAUUGGUUUCUUAUAUUCAUUCAUUGAAAUUGUGGGAUUCACGUAAGUUGUAUAAAU